AGAGAGAGAGUGAGUUUUGUUGAACAGCAACCUGAACAUGGGAUAAGACUCAACAGCUCAUUUUAUUGGCGCAUCUGUUCUGAAGAAGCAUCUUGUAGUUGCACCUCCUAGACCGACAGCCUACAGACCCUCUCACGGUACUUCAAGUUAGAGCUUUUCAGCACAAACCAGAAAGGAUUUAGUGUGAGUGCACCCUGCUGAGAAAGAGAACCAAGGACCUCCAGUGGACUAGACUACUUUACCAGAAGUGAAAAGAGAAUGACAGAGGUUAUAAACACACCAGAACAAACGAGAGGCGACCUGGCUGUAGGAGGAGCUUCUGGAGAGGAAGGCAUUUCCUUCCAGAUCAUCCCAGACGUACAGGAGCGGCACCCAAAGUUGUCCAAGCGUUUGCCCUCCAUUGUGGUGGAGGCCUCAGAGGGAGAGGUGGAGAGUGGAGAACUGCGGUGGCCUCCAGAUGACCAUACACAUACUCGCUGCCCAAGAGACACCACCCAGGACCCUGCUGCACAAACCCAGAUGACACAUGAAUGUGAAAUUACAGAAAACAUUCAGGAGCAGGAUGACUGAAGCAACAUGGGUACAUCUGAUGCAGCUGGGCAUUUCUGAAAUACAGUGUCCUCUGUCGUUAUCACAAGCCUCAGUUUUCAAAUC